AUGAGGUUGCGGCAGACCAUUGCCGCCGGCCGCACUCGGUGCGAGCACAGCCAGUCAGAGAGUGGAAGUCGCCGUUCCCCCGUCUUAGGAGAAUGUGAACCGAGCAGCGUUUGGGUUUCGAUCAAUGUCACGUGCCUCUUCACAGAAUGGCUCGGCGAGAACUUCGAGCACACCUCAUCCGAGUGUCAAACAGGAACGAUUAAUGCAUUUAUCUUGGUCGUGUGCAUCGUGCGUGUAUUGGCCCAUGCUUACGUCCUGUGUCACUGCUAUGUAUGCAGCAUCCAUCAUCCCCACUCCCUGGUGCUCCAGCUUCAAAAGGGCAGAGGUCUUUUUCAACCUGUCCUGUUCAUUGUGCACAGAUACCAAAAGCUGAAGCGUAUGACAGUGAGGGAUGCAUUGAAUGCAGCUAUGGAUGAGGAGAUGGAAAGGGAUGGGAAUGUAUUCCUCAUGGGGGAAGAAGUGGCUCAGUAUGAUGGAGCUUACAAGGUUUCUCGUGGUCUCUGGAAGAAAUAUGGGGAUAAGCGAGUAAUCGACACACCUAUUACAGAGUCUGGCUUUGCUGGCCUGGCUGUUGGGGCUGCCAUGGUA